GUUUGAACUCAGUUUGGAACUGUCCGUGUAACAGGACGGCGGCUUUAGUGAAAUCAAAUUAAAAGUGUAUAUUGAAGUGAUUUACAAUUGUUAUAUCGGAGUGAGAAAUUUCAUAUAACCGUUCAUAUAGUGAAGAGGACUAAGAUCUGAAAGGAUAUAAGAAACAAAUUACAAAAUGUCCAUUGAAACUGUGAAGGAAACGCUUAAUCAAGCGGGAGGCGCGACUGGAUUUAGUCCAAUAAUAACUGCGCUUAUUGGUACAGCGGUUGUGAUCGCACUUUAUGAAUACUGGCAUCGCAAUACACGUGAAUACAAGAUGACCAAGAAUAUACCAACUCCACCAGAAUUGCCUCUCGUUGGCAAUGCUCACUUGGUAUAUGGCUUGUCUAAUGCGGAGAUUAUGAAGCGUGGUAUUGUCUAUAUCAAUAAAUACGGUGAAACUUUAAGAGCUUGGUUGGGUAAUGUUUUGCUUAUUCUCCUAACCAAUCCUGCCGAUAUUGAAAUCAUACUCAGUACAAAUAAUCAUUUAACAAAAGCCGAAGAAUAUCGUUACUUUAAACCUUGGUUCGGAGAUGGUCUUUUGAUCAGCAAAGGUGACCAUUGGCGUCAUCAUCGCAAAAUGAUUGCUCCAACCUUCCAUCAAAGUAUCCUAAAGAGCUUUGUACCUACAUUUGUGCAACACUCACAGGCUGUGGUGGAUCGUAUGCGUAAAGAAGUUGGAAAAUCUUUUGAUGUGCAUGAUUAUAUGUCCCAAACUACUGUGGAGAUUUUGUUGACUACAGCUAUGGGUGUGAAAAAAAUACCAGAAGGCAAUAAGAGUUUCGAAUACGCACAAGCCGUUGUGGAUAUGUGCGACAUUAUACACAAACGUCAAGUCAAAUUGUUCUAUCGUUUAGAUGCGAUUUAUAAUUUCACCAAAUUGCGUGAGAAAGGUGAUAAGAUGAUGAAUAUCAUUUUAGGAAUGACUAAACGUGUUGUUAGUGAUCGUAAGCAGAACUUUAGUGCCGAAAAUCGCGCAAUUAUUGAAGAAGUUGAUGAUGUAUCUAAGCAAAAGGCACUCAACAAAAACGAAGGACUUCGUGACGAUUUGGAUGACAUCGAUGAAAAUGAUGUUGGUGCCAAACGUCGUUUGGCUUUGUUAGAUGCCAUGGUUGAAAUGGCAAAGAAUCCUGAAAUUGAAUGGAACGAAAAGGACAUUAUGGAUGAAGUGAAUACUAUUAUGUUCGAAGGUCAUGACACUACCUCCGCUGGAUCUAGUUUUGCACUCUGUAUGCUCGGCAUACACAAGGACAUACAAGAGAAAGUCUACGCAGAACAGAAGGCUAUUUUUGGUGAUAACAUGCUACGCGAUUGCACGUUUAACGUUGCUGAUGCUGAUACUGAUGCUGAUGCUAUUGUUGGUGCCAGUGCUGGUGAUGAAGCUGAAGCUGGAGCUGUUGCUGGUGCUGUUACUGCUGCUGAUGUUGGAAUUAAUUAA